UGAGCAACUGAAUUGACAUCAAACUAUCUCUAGCGCCUACCACAGCAGUAACUAUUUGCAGUAAACCAAUUCAACUAAAACUCAAAACCGUCAAUAUGAAGACAAUCGUGCUUUUCGCUGCUUUCCUCUGCGUUUUCUGCCUGCUCCAAGGCACCAAUGCAGCUCCCGCUGAUGCAGCUGCUCUGGAGGCCGAUGACGCACAAUUAGCUGUGCUAAAGGAAGAGCCUUCAGUGGAGUUGAGUCGCCAAAAACGCGCCACUUGUGAUCUAUUGAGCGGGACCGGUGUUAAUCACAGCGCUUGUGCAGCCCACUGCAUACUCCGUGGCAACCGUGGCGGUUAUUGUAAUGGUAGCGCUGUCUGUGUCUGCCGCAACUAAUGGGAUUCACAGCAGUGAUAAAAGAAACCACCGCAUUUCGCUUAAAAAUUUAACGAAUAUUUUUUUCAAAAAUGUAUUUUUCCAAUUCAAUAAAAUUUCGAAAGGAUUAAAAAAUAA